AUGACUACCUCAGGUCAAGCUUUCAUAGUUCAACAACCUCAGAUUCAAACUUUUAAUGUUGUACCAUCCAUCCCUCACCAUCAAACUCAAAAUGUGCCAUUUUCCAUCCCUCAAACCAUUUCUGCUCCCAAUGUGUUAGUUAAAGCCUCUUCUUCGAACUCCAAAGAAUCUGAUGAAAAUCUGGCUCUAGCUACUGGGCUAGUCAACUUUUACAAUGCCUUUGUAGCAGGAGAUCCUCCACCUCAACUAUCAUUUGCUGAUUUGGACCAGAUACAUCCUGAAGAUGUAGAGGAAAUGGACAUUACAUGGCAAAUUGCCAUAGCUGUCUUCAGAGCCAAACAAUUUGCCAAGAAGAUCGGGAAAAACAACUGGGCCAUGAAUGCUGACAAGAAGGUGGGAUUCAAUAAAAGCAUACUGAGAUGUUUCAACUGCCACGAGCAAGCCUUGAAUAUCUCAAGGCCAGAAAAUGCUCACCUAGCUCAAAUUGAUGAUAAUUCUUCAAAGAAUACUGAUGUUGAUCCCGAAGCAGAGAUGAUGGAACUACAGCUUGCCCUAAUGGUAUCUAGCUCUUCCGAGCCCAAGAAAAGAGAGGACGUAAUUUACAAGGAGCCACAUCUUCGAUAUGGCCAACCAGCCAGUUUUGUUUCAAGAGGUUUUAUUAACAUUGAAAGUACUAAUGUUUCUACUUCCUCUGCAGAUCAACCAUUAGAUCAGACUGAACGUGUUUCUUGUGUUGACUCAUCAUCUGAUACUGUUGAAUUUAAUUUUUUCGAUAUGUUUGAUGAAUUGUUUAAUAAUUCUGAUGCUUGUGAUUCUCAUGAAGAAUCAUCAAUUCUACAAGUCAAAACGAAUGAGGCACCUUCACUUAUUUCUCAACCUAACUCUCAUGCAUUUUCUUCUGAGAAGAGUAAGAGUGUCUGUCAAGAAAAUAAAUCUGAAAAAUGCAAUACAAGUUCAAGUAAUAAACAUAUUUGUUUUAAUUAUGGUGUUGGUGGUCACAUAGCUAGGAAUUGUCAAAAUCGGAUCUUUGUAAACUAUUUGUCACCAAGAGGGGAGAAUGAAUCUCGAGGAAGGUCUUUAAUUAGAAAAUCUUCGAGAGCUCGUUCUCGGAAUAAUGAUCAGAAAGAUGAUAAAGUCAGAAAAAGGGCUAGUUUUCAAUCAAAUAAAGAGGUUUUUACUAACAAAGCUCAAAACAGUUUCCCAAAACCGAACAAGGCUCCGCCAAGAUCGGUUUCGUCAAAAAGCAAUUCUAGAUCUUCAACCAGUUUUGGUAGAACAUCCAGAAAGUUUGUGCAAACUUCUAUGAAACCUACUUCAAAAUCACCAGAGAAUGGUGUAAAACCUAAACUUCAAUGGAGGCCCAAAUCACUUUCUAAUCCAUCAUUACCACCCUCUGAAAGACAGUUGCGGAGGAAUGUCGUUCAUCCUUGGUACGUUGACAGUGGCUGCUCCCGACAUAUGACUGGAGACAUCUCCCAACUGAGCGAAAUUCAAUCGUUUAACGGGGUUAUGUUUCCUUUGUGGGCGGAGAUGGUGGAAAGAUCACACUGCGCAGAACUGUUUACGAAUGGAGUGCUGAGCUUUAAAAAUGUCAACUACGCUCCCGAGUUAAAGCACAACUUGUUGAGCAUUUCCCAGAUAUGUGACAAAGGCUACUCUACCCAUUUAACUGAUAAAGAGUGUAUGAUUCUCAAGCCAGGCAUUGUCAUCCUAGAAGAAUGGAUCCUAGUCAAAUCUAAACGGGAUGGGAAUGCCUACAUUAUUGAUAUGAACAAUAAUCUCCCUGAACAAGUCACUUGUCUUUUCUCAAAGGUCUCCAAACAGAAUGCAAUGCUGUGGCAUCGAAGACUAGGUCAUGCUAAUGCGAAAAACCUAAAUCGUCUUGCGAAAAAUGAGAUGGUCCGAGGCCUUCCUAUGAGAGACUUUAUCACGUUUGAAAAGUGUGUUUCCUGUGCUCAAGGCAAACAUCAUCGGAAACCACACCUGCCCAAGCAAGUCAACUUCGUCUUCUUCUUAUCCAACAAAGCAGGGGUUGUUGAUCUGAUAAAGAAGUUCAUGGUGAUGAUUGAGAAGCAGGCCAACAAUCAAGUGAAGGCGCUUCGCACUGACAAUGGAACUAAAUUUAAGAAUUCGGUUCUUGAUCAUUUUUGCGCAUAA